AUGGCCAGCGACAAGCCCCAAACCACCAGCGCAGAGAAGCCCGAGCAGGCCCAGACAGCACAAAAGUCGGCCGCCGCGCUGGAGGAAGACGACGAGUUUGAAGAUUUCCCCGUCGAGGACUGGCCCGAAGACCAAACCGAGAAAGCGGCCCAAUCAGCCGCCGCAGCCAGCGAGGGCGAGGGCGGCAAGGACGGCGAGAACCACCUCUGGGAGAAGUCGUGGGACGACGACGACACAUCCGAUGACUUCAGCGCCCAGCUGCGCGAGGAGCUGAAGAAGGUCGACGCCGCCAAGAGGAGAUGA